GCGUAACCCAAAUCUGCUCCUUCCUCAACACCACUCCACACGUUGCCUCCCAAUGGCGAUCCUCAACUCCUGUCUCCGAAGCUCGGUGUCCAUUUGUGUGUAGGCAAGGCUGGGGUGCACGACUCCACUUGUUUGCUUUUCACCAUUUCUUGGUCCCACACAGCCAGACGUCGCUUUCUGAUUGGCUCGUUACGCAUGGGCUUGUGUCACUCAGCAUCAAGUGCCGUCCCAUCAACUGAAAUUGUCAAAAAGACAAAAACCAUGGGCUGCCGACACGCUGUAGAAACCGCGAAAAAAGACGAAGGAUGAAAAUGCCAAUGGGCGGCAAAUUUGCACCUGUCUGACUCACGGAGAAUUCACAUGCCUGAGUGCUUCUUGUACUGUUACACAGCAGAAUCUUCUCGGCCUCGAUCCUCCUCUGCCUUGUCACUCCUCCGCCGAUGGCGCCGUCGUGGUCGGACCUGCCGUCGGAGCUCCUCGGAGUCGUCCUCCUCCACCUGCCCUGCCUCGCCGACCGCGUCUACUUCGCCGCCGUCUGCCGCUCCUGGCGCUUUGCCGCCGCCGGGCGGGUCCUCGUCCCGGCGCCGCAGCUCCCUUGGCUCCUACUCCUCCCGUCCGCCGACGCGCCCUCCUUUGUCAGCCUCCUUGCGGGCUUCACUCGCCGCCGCCUCUCCCUCCCCGACGGCGCCCGCGACGCGCGCCACUGCGGCUCCCACGAAGGAGGCUGGUUCGCAGUCGCUGCUGACGGCUGGCGCAGGUACGAGCUCGUCAACCUCUUCUCAAGGGCGAGGAUCCCUCUCCCCGAGAGGCUCAGGGUUCCUAUCCUCGGCAUCGUGAGCUGCGUGAUCGUCCGCGCGGUCGCGCUCUCGGCGCCGCCCACCUCGCCGGGCUGCCUCGCCGCCGCGCUCGUGUGCGGCGCAUCCAACCUCGCGUUCUUGCGCCCGGGGCUGGACACUCACUGGAUGGCCUCCGAGACGGUGGACAGGCUCCAGGACAUCCUGUACCACGAAGGCGAGGUGCUGCGAGGCUUCCACGCCGUCACCGACUACGAGGCGGUCACAGUGUUCACGCAGGGAGGCGCCCCCGGCGCGGCCGCCCUCAUGAUGGCCUCGAGAUCCUACCGGAUGCAGCGGCGGCCCGGCGCCUCCUCCGCCGGCGUGAGCCGCUACCUGGUGGAGUCCCGCGGGAAGCUGCUGAUGGUCGUGCGCCGCUUCCCCUCCGUCGAACACGGGAGCAGCGCAAGCACCAUGCCGCGCCAAAACCGCCGCUUCGAUAUCUUGGAGAUGACAGUGCAGGCUCAGCCCCACGGCCGGCACACGGCUUCCUGGGAGGAUCUCGACGGCGGCUUGGACGGGCGCGUGCUCUUCCUAGCUCGAGGCUGCUCCAGGGCGUUCGAGGCGUCCCAGUUCAGCGGGUUCCAGGAGGGCGUCUACUUCUUGGACGACACAAGCUUCGACAUCUCCUUGGCGCUGUCGAGCGGGGGCAACUUUCCGUGCAGCGACAUCGGCUGGUACUCGGACCGCCAGAUUACUCGUGGGAUCAAGGGUUUCCCGUCCGAAUUCCAGUCGAAUUGCUCGUCUCCAGCCUGGGUUUACCCUUGACUCUGCUGCAAUCAUGUCACUAUGUCAGUAAAUGUAAGUAUGGCGUUGGCCGCAAUUCAUGACCUGAUGUAGUCGUCCCGAGAACCUGCAGCACGAAGCAUGCAUCAAUAUCAUCGCGGAUUAUCUAAGUUUUCAGCGAAAAAUCCAGUCGCAGCUUAAGCAGGCGCGGGGCGACCGCAGCGAUCAGUAUCUGGCUAGUUUCGUUUGAGCCGAAACUAGCCCUGCCAAAAUGUUGCUAAUGUGGUUUCAGCCAAAACUAGCCUACCAAAAUUUUCGGCCAAUAGUUUGUUCGCCCACAAUUUUCCAAUGAUCGUGAGAAACGAAGUGAGGAAGUGAUGAGAUAUUGAUAAUAAUUUAUGUGUUUCGAACUUGUUUAGUAUUUGUCUGUAGAUACUUGUUUUUUACAUGUCUAA